CAUGCUCAUUCAUUCUGGCGUGCGCCCGUACCGCUGUGAUGUCUGCUAUCGCUCCUUCUCCCAGUCAUCAAACCUCCGUCAGCACAGCCUGCUGCACUCCAGCGCGCCCAGAUUCACCUGCCCUGAAUGUCCUGCAACGUUUCGUUGGGCCAACAAAUUGGCUUCACAUCGCUUCACCCAGCAUCCAGGAGCUCCAGCCCCUUUUCCCUGCCCUCACUGUGAAGCUGGCUUCCUGACAAGAAGCGAGAAGGAGAGGCACUGUCUGGAGCAGCACCCCACACAGCUGCAGGUUGCAGAGGAGCGCGAAGAGGCCCAAAAUCCUGCAGAGGAAAGAAGAGAUCUCAGCUCAGAACCCUCUACCUCAACAACAAUAGUUACAGAAUCAGGGGACUCUACCUGUUUGGUUAAAGACACUUUAGAUUGCAACAUAUGUGGGAAGAAGUUGAAUUCUCCUGCCAAUCUGCGACUGCACAGACUGAGCCACUUUGCUUUGAGCCGUGGGCGUCCCCAGUGCACCCCUGGCAAGAGACCUAAGGCUCACCAGUGUCCCAUCUGUGGAAAACUGUUCGUGUCAUCCUCUGCUGUUGCUCUUCACCAGCGAGUCCACACGGGCGAGCGUCCGUUCCCCUGCCAGGUGUGCGGGAAGCGCUUCCGUCAGAGCACGCACCUACGAGAGCACCUGCGCACACACUCCGGCGAGCGGCCGUUUCGCUGCGAAAUGUGCGGGAAGGGUUUCAUCCAGAGCAUGCAUUUGACGGAGCACCGCAGAACGCACACAGGCGAGCGGCCACAUGCGUGUCACCUGUGCAGCAAAGCCUUCAAGACCCUCUCUAACCUGAGGAACCAUAAAAAGACCCAUGCCAGGCAGCAGAAGCUGGACGAGGAGGCCGCUGCCCAGGCUGUCAUGGAGACCGGUGCUGCUGUAGCUGUGGUAGAUGCUUCUACAGUUAAUACACAUCAGCUUAUCCAGAUCCAAACCUCCAAUCUACAGCAGGCGCAGGGCACCCCCACCAUCAUGUGCAACGAGUUUGGAGAAACCAUCGCCAUCAUUGAGACCAGCGAAGGAGGGGUGCUGCCUCUGGAGCAGGCGCUGGAGAUCUAUCAGACGGCUCUGGAGAACAGCCUCGCCGUGGACACGGUCUCUGAUGGGCUGCAGCUGCUCUGAGGAAGAGAAUUAAUGCUUCAUCAGCACAGGUCUUAAUACAGACCGAGACUAAACUAUUGACUUAAUUUAACGAAAAGAUUGAAGCUAAAAAUGAUUUAUGAUAUUUUUAUUUUGAUAAUUUGGCAACCAGACCAAAGUACAUGAGUGUCCCUGUUGAGCGAAUCUUCAAGGAUCAGUAUUUAUCAUCUAUGGAAGCGAUGAAAUGUUAAUUGAAUUGUUGCUGAAUUGUUAAUAUACUUAAAGACCAUUGUUUUGUGCC